AUGGCCUCAAAAACCCACAUUACCUUAUAUUCAGCCUUCGGCAGAGGAGUAAAACCUACUCCACCAGAUCGUGGAUCAUUUCCCUUAGACCAUGAUGGUACAUGUAAGGAUAUAGCAAAGGACUAUUUAGCUUGUAUAAAGGCCUCGAAUGGAAACGCCUUAAUGUGCAGGAAAAUCUCCGCAAAGUAUAUGAAAUGCAGAAUCGAGAAUAAUCUACUAGCUGAUGAACCGUUAACACACCUAGGAUUCAGAGAAUCUGAUAUUCAACCAGAUAUUCAAAAAAAUGAUAUAGAUCGUGACAAUUCCGUCAUAGAGCCAAGGUCAGAAAGGAAAGAAGAAAGGGGAUUCGUGUCUGGUGUCUCCCUUGCUGAAAGUUAUCCGGAAAAAUCACUCGUGGGUAAAUUGCUUUCAAAAUUUAUUGGUUAA